AAGGCCGCAAGGCACUCUGGUUCCCUCACCCUCAGUCUCGCGGUGAGUGCCCCCCUCUAGGGUAGCGGGCGUGGUGGGCUCUUUCUGGUCUUGGGAAGGGCUCUGCCACGGCUGCGGGCCGUGUCCAGGGUCCGCACACACAGCGUCUCCAGAGCCCUGGAGGAAAGGAGAGCCCCGCACGCUACCAGCCCCGCGCGCCACCACUGAGAAAAUCAGAAACUUUCCAGAUGACUUCCAGUAAUGACCAGAUUUGGAUCUCAAUGUUACAAAGGAAACCCAGUGACCUGCCUUGGAUGACCUCCAGUGACAUGCAGACAUUUUCUGAAGGGCCUGUGUUGAGUUUUCAUAACAUCUGCUAUCGAGUAAAAGUGAAGAGUGGCUUUCUCCUUGGUCGGAAAACAGUUGAGAAAGAAAUACUAUCCAAUGUCAAUGGGAUCAUGAAACCUGGCCUCAAUGCCAUCAUGGGACCCAGAGGUGGAGGCAAAUCCUCGUUGUUGGAUGUCUUAGCCGCAAGGAAGGAUCCACAUGGAUUAUCUGGAGAAGUUUUGAUAAAUGGAUCCCUUCGACCAGCCAGUUUCCCAUGUCAUUCAGGUUAUGUGGCACAAGAUGGUGUUGGGAUGGGCACCCUGACAGUGAGAGAAAAUUUACAGUUCGCAGCGGCUCUUCGGCUUCCAACAACUAUGACAAAUCACGAAAAAAAUGAGAGGAUCAACAAACUCAUUCAAGAUUUAGGUCUGAGUAAAGUGACCAAUUUUAAGGCUGGAACCCAGUUUGUAUCUAGAGGAGAAAGAAAAAGGACCAGCAUAGCAAUGGAGCUGAUCACUGAUCCUCCCAUCUUGUUCCUGGAUGAGCCCACAGCUGGUUUAGACUCCAGCACAGCAAUUGCUAUCCUUUUGCUCCUGAAAAGCAUUUCUGAGCGAGGAAGAACAAUCAUCUUCACCAUUCAUCAGCCUCGCUAUUCCAUCUUCAAGCUGUUUGACAGCCUCACCUUAUUGGCCUCAGGAAAACUCAUGUACCACGGUCCUGCACAGGAGGCUCUGGAGUACUUCCAAUCAGCAGGUUACCAGUGUGAGCCCUACAACAAUCCUGCAUACUUCUUUCUGGAUGUCAUUAAUAGAGACUCCUCUGCUAUAGUGUUAAAUAGAAAGGAAGAAGACUGUGAAGCCAACAGAGCUGAACAGUUUUCCAAGAGAAAAAAGCCAGUCAUAGACACAUUAGCUGAAUUUUAUGCCAACUCCUUCUUCUACAGAAACACAGAAGCUAGAUUACAGGAGCUCUCAGAUUGUCAGAAGAGGAGCUCAGGCUUUAAGGAGAUCACUCAUGUCACCUCCUUCUGCCAUCAGUUCAGAUGGAUUCUCUGGCGUGCAUUCAGAAACUAUCUAGGUUUCCCCUCGGUCACUAUUCCUCAGAUGUUUGGCAUAGCCAUUCUGGGAUUGAUUGUAGGUGCCACAUUCCUUGUGCUAAAAAAUGAUUGUACUGAAAUCCAGAAUAGAGCCUGGGCACUCUACGUGCUGGUUGUCGUCCAGUGUUUAAGCAGUGUGACAGCUGGGGAGAUCUUUGAGCUCCAGAAGAAAAUUUUCAAACACGAGUACCUCAGUGGAUACUACAGAGUGUUGCCUUAUUUCCUUGGGGAACUGUUAUCUGAAUUAAUACCCCGGAGGUUGUUUCCAACUAUUAUAUUUACUUCUAUACUAUACGUCAUGUUAGGGUUGAAACUAGAUGUGGGGGCUUUCUUCAUGUUGAUGAUUAUUGUUUUGCUGGUGGCUUAUGCCACCGGUACCAUGGCAAUGAUCCUGGGAGCAGGGGAGAAGGCGAUGGAAAUAAAGACAUUUCUUGUGACUGUCUAUUUUGUGUUUAUGAUGGUCAUCUUGGGUAUGACUCUGAAUUUUGGCACCACAACACCUUGGCUCUCAUGGCUUGAGUACUUGAGUAUUCCUCAUUAUGGCUAUAUGGCUUUGCAACAUAAUGAAUUUUUGGGACAAAACUUCUGUCCAGGACUCAGUACAACUGAAAGCAGUGGCUGUAUCAGCUAUGUGAUAUGUACCGGUGAAGAAUUCUUGACAAUCCAAGACAUCGAUCUCUCACCUUGGGGCUUGUGGAAGAAUCUCCUGAGUUUGACUUGUAUGAUUUUUAUUUUCCUCACAAUUACCUACCUAAAACUAGUAUUUCUCAAAAAAUAUUCUUAAAUUCCCCUUUAAUUUAUUAUGAGUGACCCUUACAUUCAAAAGGAGCACCUGGAUUUAUUUUAAAUAUCCGAUGAAGACUUUCUAUAGUUUUUUGAUCAGCUGCCAUCACACUGUUGUAUAGCAACAAUUUUCAAUAUAAACAUUUAGAAAAACCACAGCAAACUGUCUUAUACAAGAGAGAACCCAAGCUGAAAGCUAACGAUAUGCAUUACAUAUUAGCUCAUCUCUACAGACAGUAACCAAGAAGAAGAAAAUAUAGGCUAUUUUAUUGACGUCAAAAAGGAAAAUUGAACUCUAGAAAUGCUUGUCAAGCUAGUAAUAUCUCUAGUAUCAGUAUUCUCAUCUUCAAAGUGAAUAAGCUAGUUGAUAGUCCUCCAGUUUUAAUAGGCUAUGAAUCUCUGAUCUGCCAUUGUUUAAUAAGUAACACAUAUAUGAAUGCAUAGUGGAAAGUAUUAGAUCUAAAAUAUAUUAGAAAAACCAGUAUUAUUUCUAGGACAAGAAAAGUCAUGAUGACUGAAAAACAUGUCUUUGAUAAGCUUAUUGAGGUUGGUGGAAUUUACUGAUACUUACAUACUGGAGUUGUAAGAGCUCAAGAGUCUUGGCGCUUUGGGCUACAAGUGAAGUAGAGUAUUAAAGUCUGUAAACAAGUCAAAAUAACACCUGGCAUUUUGCCAGGGGAAUGUUAAAGUUCAUAAACAAGUCUGGAUAA